AAAAAAAAAGGCAGAGAGAGAGAGAGAGGGGCAAAUUGCCGUUUUUCCCCCAAAUCAAAAUUAAUCGUAGCAAAUCCCUCCUUCCUCGUCCCCAAAUCGCAGCUCCGCAUCAUGUCGGCGGCAAUUCGCCGACGGACCCUUUGACUAGGGUUUCGCCUCCGCCAUGGCUUCGGAGAAUGGCCUCUCUCCCAGACUGGCGGCGUUCCAAGGCGAUUCGUUUCCAUUCUCCUGCGUUGACGGCGAGCGCUCCAGCCAAGGGAAAGUAAGGCCUGCUGGGUUUGCAGCCGUUGGAGGCGACAAGAUAUUUUCUGGCGAACGGGAAGGCCGAUUCCUCAGUGACCUCCACGGCCGCCGUGCCCAGACCCAGGGCUGGGGCGGAUUCAUGGACGGCGGCUCUCACUCUGGGGAUGGGCCCAACGACGAGGAGGAGGAGGAUGAGGAUGCAGAAGGAAACGAAGAGGACGAGGAUGUUGACGACGGAGAUGGGCUGGUUUCCUUGGAGGAAGGUAACAAUAAGAUUAACUACAACAGCAGUGGUAGCGUACAGAGCAGUUCGGAUAAAAUCUGCGACGAGCGAACGAUUUCGCAGGAGCACCAUUCAUCUUUCGGAUCGGGCAGAGGUGUCUUGCUGAAAGAUGGAAAUGGAGGAAGAGGAUGCCUAGAGGAUCAAUCCUACGAAGUGAGCAGGAUGGAUGCUUGUCACAAUGCGGUUACCGUCAUGGAAACUGAACCAUACUAUGCACAUGCUUUGCCUGGAGCGGAUGGUUUAUCCCAUCAUAAGGAAGACAGAGGGGAGAAUGGAUGUGGGUUCAAUGGUAGAAAGGAGGCUGGACUAACGACUGGUUAUUGGGAGACGUUGAGGACACAACUAUCAGAUCCUACAACCGGAGCCCUUAUGGAUGAUGCGAUGAUACUGUCAUGUGGACAUUCUUUUGGAAAUAGUGGAAUGCAGCGUGUUUAUAAAAUGAAAGCUUGUAUUACUUGUUCUCAGCCUGUAUCAGACUACUCAGUUCGACCGAAUUUGACUCUUCGUGCUGCUGUCCAGGCAUUCCGUCGUGAAGAGGAGUUGCAUUUGUUAAAAGCAUCAAGAAGAAAAAGAGAGAAGUUUGAGCAGGAAAAAUGCAAUAACAAUGAUUUGUUUUCCAUGGAUCUUUCGCGCGGUAAAGGUGUUCAAUUUCCAUUUGCUGUCUCUGACAGGGUUAUUAUCAAGGGUAACAAGAGGACUCCACAAAGAUUUGUUGGACGUGUAGCAGUUGUGACAGCACAGUGCUUAAAUGGAUGGUACGUCGUGAAGACAUUGGACAAUGCAGAGAGCGUCAAGUUGCAAUAUCGAUCAUUAGAAAAGCUUAUGGAUGAUCAAGGCACUGAGAUGAUACCUGACAAAACCCUAACUCCCAAUUGGCUGUAAGGCAUUGAUGUGUACAAGAGAAAUGAUUUUUAAUUUAUCCUUUUCUGCUAUUGAACUAUGUUAGAUAUAAUUCCUAGUAAGUUAAAAUGCAGCUAAUAUGAUAUACAAUGUUUGUAUAAUGUGUUCCUAGUAAUUUGGACAAACAAUAUUCCUAGUAAGUUAACAUGCAUCUGAUUCCCCCCUAA